UAUUAAUAAAAUAUAAUGUUUUUCAGAGAUCGUAAAAAUCCAAAUGCUCGUAGAGGUUGGAAUAAUAAGCAAGGUGGGCGAUCCAAUAAAAAUAAUAUGCAAAUGAAGAGUCGAGAUGCUUCAGUUACUGUGAGAGCAGAUUGGAAUACUAUUGAAGAGAUGGACUUUGUUAGAUUUUCGAAAUUAUCUUUGCCUACCGUUAAAGAACCUGAAGAUCUUGUAUGUUGCGGUUCUUUGGAAUAUUAUGAUAAGUCAUAUGACCGAAUAAAUGUUAAGAACGAAAAGCCAUUGCAACGUGUUGAUAGACUUUUCCAUACUGUUACUACUACUGAUGAUCCAAUUAUAAGAAAAUUGGUGAAAACUGUGGGUAAUGUUUAUGCUACAGAUGCUAUAUUAGCAUGCUUAAUGUGUUGUACUCGAUCUAACUACAGCUGGGACAUAGUUAUUGAAAAAGUUGGUGAUAAACUGUUCUUUGAUAAGAGAGAUAAUACUGAAUUUGAUUUACUUACUGUCAAUGAAACAGCAGUAGAACCUCCAUCGGAAGAAGCAAAUAGCUUGAAUUCUCCAAGGAACUUGGCAUUAGAAGCUACAUUUAUCAACCAUAAUUUUUCGCAGCAAGUAUUAAAGACUGGAGAAGCAAGAUACAAGUUUGAAGAAGCCAAUCCAUUUGUGUCAGAUGAUGAAACUGAUGGGGAAGUAGCAUCUGUUGCUUAUCGAUACCGGAAGUGGGAUCUGGAUAAUGGAAUUGUAUUGGUUGCUAGAUGUGAGCAUGACUCAGUAUUACAAGUACCAAAUGGAGAUUUACAGUUUUUGACCAUUAAAGCACUUAAUGAAUGGGACUCAAAAUUGUCUGGUGGAGUAGAUUGGCGUCACAAGUUAGAUGUACAACGUGGAGGAGUUUUGGCUACUGAAUUACGAAACAAUGCUUGUAAAUUAGCUAAAUGGACGGUACAAGCUUUACUUGCUGGCUCUGAUUACAUAAAGUUUGGAUAUGUUAGCCGCGUACAAGUUCGUGAUUCGUCCAAGCAUGUUAUAUUAGGCACACAACAAUACAAACCUACUGAAUUUGCCACUCAAAUAAAUCUGAACAUGGAUAAUGCAUGGGGAAUACUACGAUGUAUCAUAGAUUUGUGCAUGAAGCAA